CCGCUGCUGAGCUCUGUGACACCGACACACACCAUGCUGCUGGAGCCGAGCAGAGGAGCCUCAUCAGGGGGCUUUUAACUCGCGACAGGCGGGAAGGGGAGGGUGAGAAAUGCGGGCGCCGCGUUUAGAGGAACCCCGCUGUUCUGUUUGUCUUCACUGUCAACAGCAGUCCUACUGCAGCUCCGCUCACAGCUCCGAUCAGUUCAUUUAACGGCGUUGCACCGAGGAAAUCCCUGGGACUAUGUGAGCAUCAUGCUCGCUGUGAGAUGCCUGCUGUUCGCUGCAGUGUGUGCACGGUGCGCCGUGACAGGUUUGAGGGAAUGGGUGAGUGUGGAGGGAAUGCUGCCGCCUGCAGAAGAGGUCGUGCAGCCCAAGCGGCUCCUGCAUCAGAUCCACUCCGAGGAGGAGCUGCUCCACAGCCGCCUGGACACCCGGGUGAAGAACCACACAGCCGGUGCACAGCCCGUCCAUCUGGCUCAGAGCAGCUUCUUGGUGGAGGCCUUUGGCACAUCUUUCAUCCUUGACCUGGAACUCAACCACAACCUCCUGUCUACAGACUAUGUGGAGCGUCACUAUGAUGACAAUGGGCAGCUUUCACAGAAUAUGGGAGGAGAGCACUGCUACUACCAUGGGCGUGUGAGGGGGCUGCCGGGCUCCUGGGCUGCUCUGUCCACCUGCCAAGGCCUGCGGGGGAUGUUUUCUGAUGGGAACUUCUCGUACGGGAUUGAACCUGUUGACGGUGGAAGGGAUCAGAAUGACCACAUUGUGUAUCGUAUGCCAGACGUUGACCUCUUCCAACCUCCCUGCCCAGGAUGCUCCGUCAACAGCACAAAGGGGCAGACAGACGUCCACAGCAAAAGAGACGUUGAGCUGAAGGAUGGAGACGACUGGUCUGAAGCGCAGGAGCCCGUCUUUACAGAACACCUGAGACGCUCAAAAAGACAAGUGCGGCGAGGCCAGCGCACCGUGCAGACUGAGACCAAGUACAUCGAGCUGAUGGUGGUCAACGACCAUGAACUGUUUGUGCAGCUCCGUCGGUCGUCGACUCAGACGAAGAACUUUGCCAAAGCGGUGGUGAACAUGGCCGACGCGAUUUACAAGGAGCAGCUCAACACUCGCAUCGUGCUGGUGGCCAUGGAAACGUGGUCUGCUGAAAACAAGGUCUCAGUGGGCGAUGACGCCUUGCUCACCCUGCGUGACUUCAUGAAGUACAGGAAGGAGAGCAUCAAGGAACGCUGCGACGCCGUUCACCUCUUCUCUGGGAGGACGUUCAUGAGCAGCCGCAGCGAGGCGGCCUACAUCGGGGGCAUCUGCUCCAUCACUCGGGGUGGAGGCAUCAACGAGUUUGGCAGCGUGGGCCCCAUGGCCAUCACACUGAGUCAGAGUCUCGGCCAGAACAUCGGCAUGCUGAGAAACAAAGAGCGGCUGGCUGCAGGAGACUGCAGGUGUCCAGACCCGUGGCUAGGCUGCAUCAUGGAGGACACAGGUUACUACCUGCCCAGGAAAUUCUCUCGCUGCAGUAUAGACGAGUACCUGCGAUUCCUGCAGCAGGGAGGAGGCAGCUGUCUCUUCAACAAGCCCACCAAGCUGUUGGACCCACAGGAGUGUGGGAAUGGAUAUGUGGAGCAGGGAGAGGAGUGUGACUGUGGAUCACUAGUGGAAUGUGCACGGAGUGGAGCCAACUGCUGUAAGAAGUGCACCCUUACCCACAAUGCAAUGUGCAGCAACGGGCUCUGCUGCAGGGACUGCAGGUACGAGCUGAGAGGGGUGACAUGCCGUGACGCAGUUAACGACUGUGACAUCCCCGAGACUUGCAUGGGAGACUCCAGCCAGUGUCCUCAUAACGUCCAUAAGCUAGAUGGCUACAUGUGUGAUGCUGGACAGGGUCGGUGUUAUGGAGGUCGCUGCAAGACCAGAGAUGGCCAGUGCAGGACUCUGUGGGGCUACAACUCAGCCGACAGGUUCUGCUAUGAAAAGCUGAAUUCUGAGGGCACAGAGAAAGGAAACUGUGGCCCAGACUCCAGCGGUCAGGGAUGGGUGCAGUGCAACAAGCAAGACGUCUUGUGCGGUUUGCUGCUUUGCACCAAUCUGACGGACAGGCCGAGGUUUGGUGAGCUGAAGGGGAGGGUCACCAGUCUGACCAUCCACCAUCAGAACAGAUACCUGGACUGCAGGGGCGGCCAUGCAGUGCUGGAUGACGGCUUGGAUAUGGGCUAUGUGGAGGACGGGACGCCAUGUGGUCCAAACAUGAUGUGUCUGGAGCGCCGCUGCCUCCCCGUCACCACCUUCAACCUCAGCACCUGCCCGGGCUCCUCCACUUCACGCAUCUGCUCCCACCACGGGACUUGCAACAAUGAGGUGAAAUGCAUCUGUGAUCCAGACUACACCGGGAAGGACUGUAGCGUGUUUGACCCGAUCCCCAUCCCCACACCGCCAGACGGCCCAGAGAAGUACAGAGGUCCCAGUGGUACCAAUAUCAUAAUAGGUUCGGUUGCUGGUGCAAUUCUGGUGGCAGCGAUAGUCCUGGGGGGAACUGGCUGGGGAUUUAAAAACAUCCGAAGAGGAAGGUACGAUCCCGCCUUUCAGUCCUGAUCCUGAAUCACUGUCCAUAUGUCACCAUAAUGCCACCUGUUUUAUAAAAAUCCUCUGAGCUGAGCACCUUAAAGAUAUUCCUAAGCCCACACACACACACACACACACACACACAUAUCUGUCACUUGCUUUUAUGACAUCAUCUUUGACACAUUUUUUAUCUAACGUUUACUUGUAUAGGGACACGUAUAUAGCAUGAACCAAUGCCGCAUAGCACAGCAGUUAUAUAGCCUAUGCUUGUUUGCAAAACCCUUACAUAAAUGAGCAUUUUAAAAAAACAAACCUUAAUGCAACUCAAUCACUAUCUAUAUAUAUAUAUAUAUAUUUGUUUAUUUGUACUGCAUGUCCCAUCAAUAACUUGGCUGCCAUUUCUAGAAUAUUAGCUGCAGUGUUGACUUUGUAAUGCUCAUUUCAUAAGACUUUCAAUAAUAAAACACCUCUUUUAA